AUGAUACUACCUUCAUACACCGAAGCCGAGCUGCCUCUACCUCCGUACGAGGCUGACAAGAUCCCAAACUACACGCCGUCGCUAGUAUUUUCAGGCGUGGCUCUACUUAAAAAGGAGUUUGACACGCCGUGGCUGGGGUCGGUGGGCCUGAUGAAGGCUGUAUUUUUGGAGUUAAAUUCAAAUCAGCUCAACAUCUACGAGCUCAAGGAUAAGGCCGUGGCAAGCAUGGUAGAGGUGCUUUUUCAUCACCAAAACCAUGACAACAGGAGUCCAAGGCUGAAUUCGAUCUCCUCAAGUAAUUCGGACGACUAUGUUUUUGACGGCGACGCCUAUGGAGAAGACUCCGUGGAGCACGGGCCCAACGUUUUUGGGAAGCUUCGCAAGAAAUUCGUCUCGCACAAGGCAGAGAAAAAGCUUGCGCAGUUGCCAGCUUUUUCACAGUUUGCCAAUAACGGCAUGCUCCUAGAACCCACGAGCGACGUGGCAACGGCAACGGCUUUUGCCAGAUACCACAGGGGCAAGAUGUUGCACAGCUUCACGUUGCUGAACUUGCAAGUGGGGGAGGCGCCCUCCACGAACUCAGUGAGCUACAAAGAGGACCAGACGUCACCGACGAGUGCGGUGGCGCUUCUCAAGUAUAGAAACACGUUGCGUCUCCGCAUCGAGUACUGCCAGAUUCUUUUGCAUUUUUGGUCCUUCUACUCCAUGGUACACUGGUACCGAAACUUGUGCAUUGGGCGCGAUUUGGCCUCUUCCCUCGAUACCAGAAACGUCACCCGGCUCAAGAGUAUUCCACGGGACUACUCAGCUUCGAACAUUGCCUUGCUCAGUGCAGCUGCCAGAGAGGCGCUUGGGCGCUUUCAAGGCGAUUCCAAACGCAGCCUGCUCUACUCGGAGAGUUCUACAUCGAGCUCGUCUGACUCGGACAGUGACAGUGUGAUGAGCAGAUGCACCAACGAAACAGCAUGCACAAACUACAACGACUACAGCGUGGAGAUCUACGGGACAAAAAUCGCGUGUCUCGAGGAGUACUUUUCCCCGGUGGAGAAGCAGUACAUCACCAACUGCAUCCCGGUGCUCAAUCUGUACGACAAGUGGGUCGGGCUGUGGGUGACGGUACUGAACUACGAGCGCAUGCUCCCGAAGAACGAUGCCCUGAACGUCAAUGAGAACGGGCGGGUAUUCAUUCUGCCCAUGACAUUCAGUUCUGUUGUGAAGACGUACCAGAAGCAGUUCAAGAGCUUGCUGGAGACGCUGACGCGGGCGUGCAAGGAGUACUACGUGGACGACAAGGGGUUAGUGAGCAUUGACUGCCAAUGA